AUGGCUUCAACCAAUCCUUCUCCAAAUGCUUCCCCUGUUGCAGUGCCUCCAGUACUUGGUGAUAUUUUAACACCAUCACCUUCUUCAUCUUCUCCAACCAAUUCUUCCACCCCUCCAUCACCUCCCAAUUCUUCCCAGCCUAAUCAAACACCCAAUUCCCCUGCUCCUUCAUCUCCCUCUGACCCUUCAGCUCCACCUCCCUCUCCUCCUCCGGCAGUGCCUGUAACACCUCCUCCUUCCACAUCACUCUCUCCUCCGCCAUCUUCUCCACCACCACCAGCUCUGCCUCCUCCUUCACCACCAGAUUCUCCACCACCAUUACCACCAGCAUCUCCAACACCACCAGUUGUAACAUCUCCCCCCUCACCACCAGCUACCUCCACUGCCCCUCCUCCAGCUGAGACAACACCUUCCCCUCCAAUUUUGACCCCACCAUCUCCACCAACUGUUUCCCCUCCUCCUCAAUUACCUCCCACAACAAUUCCACCUCCCUCUCAACCGAUUUCAUCAUCUCCUCCUCCUCCAGCCAAUGUUCCAAGGCCACCAUCCACUGGUACUCCUCCACAGAAAGAAAGUCCUCCAAAAACUACUCCUUCGCAUGCGUCCCCUCCAUCAGUUUCUCAAUCUCCUCCUAAGCCUCCUUCCUCUGAUGUUCCUCCUCCAUCCUUAUUGCCAUCGACUCCUCCUUCAGUCCCUUCAGGAUCUCCACCUCCAGCUUCUUUGCCUGACCCCCCAACCAAUGAAACAGCCGCUGGGGGUCCACCGGUACCGCUACCCACUCUUCCAACUGAGAAACCCACUGCUAGACCAACUAAUGAUGCUACUAACAAUAUAUCUACAAUACCUUCACGUUCAGGAGGGUUAAGUAGUGGAGGAUCCGUGGCUAUUGGAAUUGUAGUUGGUUUUAUUGUCCUUAGCCUUCUUGUUAUGGCCGUGUGGUUUGUAAAGAAGAAAAAGAAGAAGGAAAAAGGAUCAGGAGGCGGUUAUGCUGCUCCUUCUCCAUUUACUUCGUCCCACAAUUCAGGUACCUUAUUCUUGAGGCCACAGUCUCCAGCCAACUUUGUAGCAGGUAGUGGCUCUGGGAGUGAUUUUGUGUAUUCUCCAUCAGAGCCAGGCGGAGUAAGUAGUUCAAGAUCAUGGUUCACAUAUGAAGAACUUGUUCAAGCUACAAAUGGAUUUUCGGCACAAAAUUUGUUGGGAGAGGGUGGAUUUGGUUGUGUCUAUAAAGGUUUGCUUGUAGAUGGAAGAGAAGUAGCUGUGAAGCAGCUUAAAGUUGGAGGUGGGCAAGGGGAACGUGAAUUCAGGGCAGAAGUUGAGAUUAUUAGCCGCGUACAUCAUCGACAUCUGGUUUCCUUGGUUGGUUACUGUAUUUCUGAGCAUCAGAGAUUGCUUGUAUAUGACUAUGUUCCCAACAACACUCUUCAUUACCAUCUCCAUGCUGAAAAUAGACCAGUUCUGGAUUGGUCUACCAGAAUCAAGGUUGCUGCUGGUGCAGCUCGUGGAAUAGCUUACCUGCAUGAAGACUGCCAUCCACGCAUUAUUCAUCGAGAUAUAAAGUCAUCAAACAUCCUUCUUGAUCUCAACUACGAAGCUCAAGUUUCGGACUUUGGGCUUGCAAAAUUGGCAUUAGAUUCAAAUACACAUGUGACAACACGUGUAAUGGGAACCUUUGGGUACAUGGCACCAGAAUAUGCAACAAGUGGGAAACUAACGGAAAAGUCUGAUGUAUAUUCCUUCGGCGUUGUGCUUUUGGAGUUAAUUACAGGUCGGAAGCCUGUAGAUGCAUCUCAACCAAUUGGUGAUGAGAGCCUCGUUGAAUGGGCUCGGCCUUUGUUGACUGAAGCCCUUGAUAAGGAGGACUUUGAAAUCUUGGUGGAUCCAAGACUGGGAAAGAACUAUGAUAGAAAUGAAAUGUUCCGGAUGAUCGAGGCCGCUGCAGCCUGUGUACGCCACUCAUCGGUGAAGAGGCCACGCAUGAGUCAGGUGGUGAGAGCUUUAGAUUCCUUAGACGAGAUUACGGAUCUCAAUAAUGGAAUGAAACCUGGGCAGAGUUCGGUGUUUGAUUCUGCACAGCAAUCUGCUCAAAUCAGAAUGUUUAGGAGGAUGGCUUUUGGAAGCCAAGAUAGUUCAAGUUUCUUCAAUGAGUCUCAGAGUAGCUGGAGGAGUAGAGAUCAGGACUCAACAACCAUAUUUUCCCAAAACAAAACUGGGCCUUGGAACGUUUGA